AAAAAAACAAAGCACUAACUUGCACUUUCAGUGAAUAUGCUGUUCCUGUGAGGUUAUUUCCUUGUGCAGUGAGUCCAUGAUUGACAAUAAGUGUUGAUUGCCAUAAUUUCUAAGUUUCUCUCACUGCCCUGGGUACAUGAGUCAGACUGACUGUGCUGUGGGUGUAGUUCUGCUGAUCUCCAUGUAUGACUUCCUACUGCCUCUUGACCUGGCUUUCAAUCACAACACUGCCUAUGCCUGACUACUUGUGUAUGACCCUGCUUGCACCAGCCUGUGUAUUGGUUCCUGCUUUAUUCUUACUACCUGACUGAAUUCCUAUUAAUGACCCAGCUUGUAUUAUUGGACUAUGCUUACUAAAAUCUGCCCCAAUUUAAACUCUUGCUGCCUGAAUUCCUGUUAUGAUCCUGCUUACAAGACUGUGUAUAUUGAAUAUUCCUACUAGUUAACUUCUUCCUGCUUAAAUACAUGUGUAUUGACCUACUUUGCAGAAAUUUGCACCAGCCUCUUGUUUCUGCCUUGUGUUUGCUAUUUAUGGAACUAAUCUUGUGUAACUAAUUUGCCCCAGUCUUGCAGUACUUCUUCCUCCACGUACACUAGAAUAUUUAUUGUGACUUGAGACCUGAAGCGCGAUCCGAUAUACGGCGUAGUUUUCGGCGCAAGCGAAGGAACACGCGCCACCCGUAAUUUCACCUCCAUACUCGAGCUAUCCAAUAUACUGCGCCGCCAGAUGCUAAACUGGCGUAAGUAUGAAAAACCAGCGAUCAACUAAAAUGUGCGCAAAUACACACGUAAAGUCUCAAUAAAGAGUAGUUUGAUGCAAAUUAGCUACGAAUCGUAAAAAAUAACCGCCAGUUCUAAAAGAUGCGCCACGUAAUUACGCUAUUCAAAAUCCAUACAUAAACCCAUGCGCAGCCGCCAUUUUCUUUAGUGUGUUUGGUUGGUUCUUGGAGCUACAGCACACUACAGUGAGUAUAGUGAUAAUUAGUAAGAGCAGUGAGAGAGGCGCAUUUCAUCAGUUAGGUUGGAUUUUUGGAUUUGUGUUUAGUUAAGCCUGUACAUUUACUUACACUUUUUUUUACAUAUUGCACACAUUUUGCAUACAUACAUAUACAAAACACACAACACUUUUUUUUAUAUAACACCUCACACAUUUUAUUUAUCUUUUACAGUGUGAUAGGCUGAGUGUUUGGUUGUGAUUGUGUGUGAUUGAAGUGGGAGUGAGUGUGAGUGUGUGAGUGUGUGUAGUUUGAGGAUGACAGGGAGAGCUAGGGCGGAAGGGAGGGGAGUUGCAGGGAGAGGAUCAUGGACAGGAAGAGCAGCAGGGUCCCCGUCAGGGAGUAAGUGGAGUGGGGAGAGGGAGAGCCAGAAGGGAGGAUGGGAGUGGGGUUGCCCCAAGACCAGGCACACUCAGAAGAGGGACAGAGGGUGCACAUGGGGAUAGAAGGGGGGAGGAGGGAGAGGAUAGGGAGGAACCCACACCAGGGACAUCCCAGGGAGGAAGCCAGGCGGCCACGGACGAUGAGCGCAUGAGGUGCCAGAACUUUUCUUUUGCUGAAAAUCUAGCGCAAGUCCAGGUCGUCAUGGAGAACCACACUGCCCUCUUUGGCCAAGAGAAGGGCAAAGGAGUAGGCCGAAGGCAUAAGGCUGCAUGGCUGUUGGUCGAGGAGGCAGUCAACAGCGUGGCCCAGCAGAGGAGGAAUGUCGAUGGGCUAAAGAAAAGAUGGAACGACUGCAAGAGGCGGGUGAAGGAGAAAAUGGGCCAAGAAGCCAUGUACCAGAGGGGAACAGGCGGUGGUCCUCCCCAGGAGGCUGAAUAUAAUGAAUGGCAGGAGAUCAUUCGCAGGUCCCUGAGCGUCACAGCAGUCCGUGGACUUCCAGGGACUCGUGACUCAGGGGCUGCAACAUCAGCACAGCAUGCUGAACCUCCUGUCACCAGGGUGCAAACGGGCAUGCAUCCACCGCAACCACCAGUCCAGAGAAUGCCUCCACCGCAACCACCAGUUCAGAGAAUGCCUCCACUGCAACCACCAGUCCAGAGAUUCCAUCAACAAGGACAGUAUGCUCCCAGGCAUGAGCUGGGUUGGAUUGCCUCUGUUGAGGACCCAGAUGUCAUGCCACCAACAUUGGAAGACGAGUCCUGGCAGGAUCCCUGGGCGGAGGAUUAUUCUUUUGGCUUUGAGGGGGAGCCAAGUCAGGCCCAAAGGGUAGAUGUCUUUACCCCCCCAAUAUCAGGCCAGUCAGGGCUUUUAUGCACAGGACAUGCAAACUGGACAUGCUGAGUGGUCGCACACCAGUCAGCAAUGGGACUACCAGUCCACCCGGAGAGCUCCACCAUCCGCUUCCCUUGGAAGAGCUCCAGCAUCUGAAGAGGAGCAUAUAGCUGUCGUAGUUCCUUCUGCAGCACCAGCUGUCAUAGUUCCUCCUGCAGCAUCAGCUGUCAUAAUUCCUCCUGCACCACCAGCUGUCGUAGUUACUCCUGCAGCACCAGCUCUCGUAGUUACUCCUGCAGCACCAGCUGUCGUAGUUACUCCUGCAGCACCAGCUGUUGUAGUUCCUCCUGAAGCACCAGCUGUCAUAGUUCCUCCUGCAGCACCAGCUGUCAUAGUUCCUCCUGCAGCACCAGCUGUCAUAGUUCCUCCUGAAGCUCCAGCUGUCAUAGUUCCUCCUGCAGCACCAGCUGUCAUAGUUCCUCCUGCAGCACCAGCUGUCAUAGUUCCUCCUGAAGCACCAGCUAUGGUAGUUCCUCCUGCAGCACCAGCUGUCGUAGUUCCUCCUGCAGCACCAGCUGUCUUAGUUCCUCCUGCAGCACCAGCUGUCAUAGUUCCAGAUGCAACAGCAGCUAGAGGUGAACCUGUGCCUAUAAUCCCUGCUGGUGAACAGCCUGUAGAUCCUCUGUAUUCUGCCCUGGGUGACGAAUACAUUUCCCUCCAGAGGAGGCUCAUAGCAAGCUGCGAGAGAAGAGAGAGAGACCAACGCAGGUUUUACAGAAGCCAACAAACUUUACUCCAGCGUUCCAUUGAGCUGCAACGGGACAUGGCAGCAUCUUUAAAUGGUAUAGUCCAAAACCAGUCUCAGAUGAUGAGAGUUAUUUCGGAUAUGCAGAUGCAGACUGACAACAGAAGGCGGGAACAAAACCAAGCAUUUCACACACCAGCAGGACACUGCCUCCAGCCUCUCAUCUGUAGCCAGCACUCCAGCUGAAUCAUCUGAAUCCGCACAACCCAGAAGAGCCAGGAGAUCCACUCCAGUUACCUCAGAACCCUCAUCCAAGAAGCAAAGAAAAAAAUAAAUAUUCUUAUAGUUGACCAUAAA